AUGGAGCAGAAAGCAGACAGCUCUCCUACCAGGACAGGGAUGAGAGGAAAAAUGAAGGCUCUUUCACUUUGGCUUGUGAUAUGCACAGCUGUUUCUAGCGCUCUUCCCUUCCACCCAGAGAAAGACAAUGAAGAAGAUGCAAAGCUUGUACAGAACUACUUGAAUAAAUUCUUUGCUGUUGAGCCAGAUCCAAAUCAACUUCUUGGAUGGAAAAUAAAUGCAGAAUCUGCAGCUGAAAAGCUUCAGAAAAUGCAACAAUAUUUUGGUUUGAAAGUGACAGGGAAACUGGAUAAUGAGACACUGGAAAUGAUGAAGAAACCCAGGUGUGGGGUUCCUGAUGUGGGUCUCUAUGGCUUCACCCUGCCCGGAUGGAAAAAAACCAAACUGACAUACAGAAUUGUGAACUACACACCAGAUAUGAGCAAGGAGGAUGUGGAUAAAGCAGUUGAGAAGGCGUUUAAAGUGUGGAGUGCUGUCACUCCGCUGAUUUUCACUCGCAUUCAUAGGGGAAUAGCAGAUGUGAUGAUUGCUUUUGGGACCAAAGUUCAUGGACAUUGCCCUCGCUAUUUUGAUGGCCCCCUUGGAGUUCUGGCUCACGCCUUUCCACCUGGCAAUGGUUUAGGCGGUGAUGUGCACUUUGACGAGGAUGAAGACUGGACCACAGGCUCAGCUGGGUUCAACUUGUUCCUUGUUGCUGCUCAUGAGUUUGGCCAUGCCCUGGGUCUCUCCCAUUCUAAUGAUCAGAGAGCUCUCAUGUUCCCCAAUUAUGCCUACGUCAGCCCCAGUGAAUUCCCCCUCUCUCCAGAUGAUAUAAGUGGCAUUCAAUCAAUUUAUGGAUCCCCACCAAAUGCCCCCGAUAAAAGGCCAACGACCCCUACCUCGCCUGAAAUCUGUGGCUCCCAGAUAUCUUUUGAUGCUGUAACUACACUCCGACAAGAAAUCAUUUUUCUAAAGGGCAGGCACUUAUGGCGGGUAUAUCCUGAUAACUCAGAAGCUGAACGUGAAUUAAUUUCUGCCUUCUGGCCAAAUCUGCCUCCUGGUAUUGAAGCUGCAUAUGAGAACACAAAAGAUCAGAUCCUGCUUUUCAAAGGCAACAAAUUCUGGGUUAUCAGCGGAUAUCAGGUGUUGCUUGGUUAUCCAAAGAAUAUCAACACACUGGGCUUCCCUAAAGGUGUCAAGAAAGUUGAUGCAGCUGUUUGUAAUAAAAAUACAGGGAAGACAGACUUUUUCAUAGGUGACAAGUACUGGAGGUUUGAUGAAAACAGCCAGUCCAUGGAGAAGGGUUAUCCUAGACUGACAGUCGAUGAAUUUCCAGGAAUUGGUCAGAGAGUUGAUGCUGUUUUUCAAGAGAAAGGAUUAUUCUACUUCUUUCAUGGACCGAAACAAUGGGAGUUUGACCCUGUUGCUAAAAAAGUUAUCAGGGAAAUGAAGAGUAAUAGCUGGUUUCACUGUUAG